GGGAGGACUACGUUAAUAAUUGCAAAGUGGAGAACUUUAUCUAUGUUGGUUUAGACUACUUAAUUUUCCAUCAUGAUAAGAAAUACUUUGAGUAAAAUUCGCGCUGUAGUACCGAUAACAAAUCAAAAAUGUACAUUUUCGACUGCAUCUAAGCCAAAGUUUCAGGAAGACCAAGUUAAAGUGAAAGGUUGUAAUGUUAACUACUUAAAAGUAGGCAAUGGGCCGCACAAUAUCCUCUGCUUACCGGGUGCUCUUGGCAGCAUCUGGACUGACUUCAAACCUCAAAUUGAGGGUUUAGACCAUGGCAAGUUCACAGUGGUUGCAUGGGACCCUCCUGGCUAUGGGAAAAGCAGGCCCCCAGAUAAAGAAUUUGAAGCAGAUUUCUAUGAAAAAGAUGCACACAUUGCUCAGGAUUUCAUGAAGGUUUUAGACAUACCACAUUAUUCUGUACUAGGGUGGAGUGAUGGUGGAAUAGUCGGCAUGAUUCUUGCAGCAAAAUACCCUGCAGCUGUCAAUAAACUGGUGAUAUGGGGAAGUAAUUCUUUUAUCCUCCCCAAAGAAUUGGAAAUGUAUAAGAAAACAAGAGACAUAAAAACAUGGUCAGAGAGGAUGAGGAAACCCAUGAUUGAGGUGUAUGGUGAGGAAUACUUUGCCAAGUUGUGGGCAAAAUGGUGUGAUGGCAUGGAGACAGUUUUCAAUGCCAAUAAUGGAAAUAUAUGCUCACACCUUCUGAAAGACAUCAAAUGUCCAACCCUCAUAUUACAUGGAGAAAAGGAUCCUAUGGUUGAUAAUGUUCAUGUUUCCUAUCUACAUACUAAUAUUGUCAAUUCAAGGAUUCAUCUGUACCCUGAAGGCAAACACAAUGUACACCUGAGAUACCCUGAUGACUUUAACAUGCAAGUUGAAAAGUUUUUGCUAUGAGCGACAAACUUCUAUUCCUAUAGGAUAAUAAUUUAGGAUAAGAUAUUAUGAACUGUUAUUUAAUCUCUAUUAUGAAUAUAUUACCUGUUAUAUACUCUUC